AUGCGUUUGCGACUUGUGCAGAACAAUAGCGCUUUCUGUCUCAUGACUGAUUUGAAAAACUGUAAAAUCCGCAUUACAGAAGCAUCGCUAAUCGUGCGACGCGUUAAGAUAGCGCCCGGUAUACUCCUGUCUCAUGCGAGAGCUCUGUCUAAAUCUACAGCAAAAUAUCCGCUGACACGUGUCGAGGUUAAAGCUAUAUCAAUGCACGCCAGAAUACACGGCGAUACUCUUGAUAACGUCAUACUGGGCCAACUACCAAAACGUAUAAUAAUUGGAUUUGUCGAUAAUAAGGCUUUCAACGGUGAUUAUGGAAAAAAUCCGUUCAAUUUUCAUCACUACUCGAUCAAUUAUCUUUCUUUAUAUGUAGACGGCCAACAGAUACCGUCAAAACUUCUGCAGAUAGACUUCACAGAUAGUAAUAUGUAUGUGGAUGCAUAUCACACGUUAUUUUCUGGCUCGGGUAUUCACUUUCUCAACGACGGCAAUUGUAUCUCGCGUUUGAGCUACCCAUACGGCCAUUGCCUUUUCGCGUUUGAUCUGACACCCGAUCUCUCGGCUAAUAGCAGCUCCCACUGGAAUCUGGUGAGGCAUGGCAGCGUGAGGAUAGAAGUACGCUUCGCGGGGUCUUUACCUACAGCGAUUAACUGUGUUGUGUACGCUGAAUAUGAUAAUGUGCUUGAGAUUGACUCAUCCAGACAGGUCAUCGUAGAUUUCAGUGAUUGA